AUGUCACCUCGACGUUGUCUUCUCUCUCCUUCUUUCCCUCUCUAUUUCUCUCUAUAUAUCUACCCCCCUCCCUCUCUCUCUCUCUCUUUCUCUCUCUCUCUCGCUCGCUCUCUCUUUCAUUCUAUCUUUCUUUCUUUCUUUCUUUCUUGUCUUCAUUCUUUCUUUCGUUCUUUUCUUCUUUCUCUUUAUUUUAUUCGUUGUUCCAGUCAUUCUAUCUUUCUUUCUUUCUUUCUUUCUUUCUUUCUUUCUUGUCUUCAUUCUUUCUUUCGUUCUUUUCUUCUUUCUCUUUAUUUUAUUCGUUGUUCCAGUCAUUCUAUCUUUCUUUCUUUCUUUCUUUCUUUCUUCAUUCUUUCUUUCGUUCUUUUCUUCUUUCUCUUUAUUUUAUUCGUUGUUCCAGUCAUUCUAUCUUUCUUUCUUUCUUUCUUUCUUCAUUCUUUCUUUCGUUCUUUUCUUCUUUCUCUUUAUUUUAUUCGUUGUUCCAGUCAUUCUAUCUUUCUUUCUUGCUUGCUUGCUUUCUUUCUUUCUUUCUUUCUUUCUUUCUUUCUUUCUUUCUUUCUUUCUUUCUUUCUUUCUUUCUUGUCUUCAUUCUUUCUUUCGUUCUUUUCUUCUUUCUCUUUACUUUUAUUCUUUGUUCCAGUCUUUCUAUCUUUCUUUCUUUCCUUUAUUUUUUCUUCAGUAUUUAUUUAUCCUUUUUUUCAUUCUUUCUUUCUUCAUGCAUCUUUUUUUCACAUUGCAUCUAUCUAUCUAUCUAUCUAUCUAUCUAUCUAUCUAUCUAUCUAUCUAUCUAUCUAUCUAUGUCUACCUUUCUCCUUCUGCCUGAUUCUCUUUUUCUCUACUCCUCAACACACUGUCUGUCUGUCUGUCUGUCUAUAUAUCUCUCACUCUCUCUCUCUCUCUCUCUCUCUCUCUCUCUCUUUAUAUAAUUUACUUUCCCUCUGUACAAAUAUACGCCUGUCUACUGUCUAG